UGCUAGUUUAACUGUGAGGGAAACGCAGUAAACAACAUCCACUACACAAUCUGUUGGUUUAUUUAAAACUACAUAAACACAAUGCCUAAAAAGAACAAAUCUAAGGCCAAGCAACAGGAAGAGUGGAAUGACGACGAUGAUGAUAAAACUUUAGAAGAGAGAAUGGCGGGUUUAGGAACCGGAGAGAACGACGGUGGUGCUGAAAUUCCAGAAAAGGGGAAAAAGAAGAAAAACAAAGAAAAAGGUAAAUCUGCAAAGCUGAAAAAAUUGGCAGAAUUUUUGGCUGCUGAGGAUGAAGGGGAUGAAGAGGCUUCAAAAGAAGAAGAGUCCACAGAUACAAAAGAGGAAACAAAAACACAGAAACCUUCCCAAGUCGACAGAGUGUCACCAGAUAUGUAUGAUGAUGAGGAUGCUGAAGAAGAUAUGAAUGGUGACGAGGAAAAAGGAAGUCAAGAAGAGGAAGUGGAAGAAGAAGCAAAACCAAAACUUAGUAAAAAAGAACUAAAGAAAAUGAAGAAAAAGAUGGAGUACCAGAAACAGUUGGAGAGCCUUGGUCCUGAUAGUAUAGAACAGUUCUCAGUGUCACAAGCAGAGAGGUCCUCUAAAACAUCACAACUUGACAACCAACUUGACAUCAAGGUGGAAAAUUUCUCUAUAUCUGCAGCAGGAAAAGAUCUAUUUGUGAAUGCUAGUCUUCACAUCACGGCAGGACGCAGAUAUGGACUCGUCGGACCUAACGGACAUGGAAAGACUACAUUGCUGAGACACAUACAGAAAAGAGCUCUAUACAUCCCGUCUAAUAUAGAUGUUUUAUACUGUGAGCAGGAGGUUGUGGCUGAUGAAACACCCUCCAUUGAUGCUGUAUUAAAGGCAGAUGUUAAGAGAACAGAACUGAUGGCAGAGGAGAAAGCAUUAUUUGCUGAGCAGGAGAAAGGAAUAACAAAAAAUGCUGAUCGACUAAAAGAGGUAUAUGAGGAGCUGAUAGCUAUUGGAGCUGAUGCAGCAGAACCCAAAGCAAGGAGAAUUCUGGCUGGUCUUGGCUUUACCUUGGAGAUGAUGAACCGACCCACUGUCGCACUGUCUGGAGGCUGGAGAAUGAGAGUGUCAUUAGCACGGGCCCUGUUUAUUGAACCCACACUGCUUAUGUUGGACGAACCUACAAAUCAUCUGGAUCUCAAUGCGGUCAUUUGGCUUGAUAAUUAUCUACAGGGUUGGAAAAAAACAUUACUUGUGGUAUCCCAUGACCAGAGUUUCCUUGAUAACGUGUGUACAGAUAUCAUCCACCUCGAUCAGCAGAAACUAUUCUACUACAGGGGAAACUAUGGAACAUUUAAAAAGAUGUUGGUACAAAAACGUAAAGAACAGCUGAAAGCCUAUGAAAAGCAGGAGAAGAUGUUGAAGGAGAUGAAAUCCUCAGGAAAAUCGUCUAAACAAGCUGAAGCAAAACAGAAGGAAGCCUUGACUAGAAAACAGCAGAAGAACAGAGAAAAACAGAAAGUGUUUGCUGAGGAAGAAAAAAAGACUGAAUUGUUACAACGGCCUAAAGACUAUACAGUGAAGUUCCAUUUCCCAGAUCCCACACCGCUCAACCCUCCAAUCCUCGGGGCUAUGAAUGUUAAUUUCUGGUACAAGAAAAGUGAAAUAUUGUUUAAGAACCUGGAUUUUGGAAUUGAUAUGAGUUCUAGAGUUGCUAUAGUUGGACCCAAUGGUGUUGGAAAAAGUACAUUCCUAAAACUGCUGACACAGGAACUAGAUCCAGUAAAUGGAGAAGUAAGGAAGAACCACAGAAUAAGAAUUGGUAAAUAUGAUCAGCACUCAGGUGACCAGCUAAAUGCAGAUGAAUCUGCUGUGGAGUACCUACAGAGACUGUUCAAUCUUCCAGUCCAGGAAUCUAGAAAGAUGUUGGGAAAAUUUGGACUUGCUAGUCAUGCCCACACAAUCAAAAUCACCAAUCUGUCUGGAGGUCAGAAGGCCAGGGUCGCAUUAGCUGACCUGUCCUGUCGGGCUCCUGAUGUGCUUAUUUUGGAUGAACCUACCAACAACUUAGACAUUGAAUCUAUCGACGCUCUCGCUGAAGCCAUCAACGCAUAUAAAGGAGGAGUAAUCAUCGUUAGCCACGAUGAAAGACUGAUUCGGGAGACGGAUUGUCAACUGUGGGUUGUAGAGGAUCAGACUGUGAAUGAGAUCGAUGGAGGGUUUGACGACUACAGACGAGAACUGUUAGAAUCUUUAGGAGAGGAAGUGAUGUUACCUCAGCCAGAAAUACUUGCUGAAUAAUCUGUGUUUACAAACGGAUUGUAACUUAUUUGAAGACUUUCAAACGAGGCAGAAAGAUUGGGUCUCUUCUUAGAGAAAUAAUCUUAUUUAUAUGUAAACUGUUUCAGAAUGAAAAAAAAUGUGUCAUCUUUGUUUAAAAUGAAAAUAAAAUCAUAAAAUUUCAAAAAA